AUGACUGGAAAGUACCUUUUCAAAGGGGGCUUCGUUGUCACGCUGGAUGACUCGCUGGGGGACUUCCCUUUCGGCUCGGUCCUUGUCGAGGGUGGCAUCAUAACAGCAGUCGGGCACGCGGAUGACAUCCAUUGUCCAGAUGCUGAAGUGAUUGAUGCCACCGAUGGGGUCAUCAUUCCAGGAAUGGUUGAUACGCACCGACACGCUUCGAUGUCUCUCACGCGUGGUUUGGGGGCUGACCAAUCCUUGUUCCAUUUUUUGUCCAACACCUACCUCAGGUGGCUACCUGCCACUAGUGUCGAAGACAUGGAGCUUUCGGCUAUGGUUGGUGGCUUAGAAGCCAUCAACAGUGGCGUUACCACCAUCAUGGACACCUGCGAGUCUUUUCAUUCCGAUGGUCAUGCAGACGCUGAGUUUGAAGGGUUGAAGAAGUCCGGUGUUCGUGCUUUCUUCUGCUUUGCAAUGAGCGACGGUGCCUACGGCGACGCCCCAACUGGGCGUGAUGGAUGGGAAGCACGUUUGGAACACAUCCAAAGACUCCGCCGUUCUACUACUCCAGACAGCCUUGUGCAGAUAGGUAUGGCUAUUGGCCAACCUGGCACAGUUCCCUUCGAUUUUACAAAGAAAGAGCUGAGCUUUGCGGAGGACAAUGGCUUACUUAGCUGUUCCCAUUCGUGUGCUAUCGAAAACAGCAUCAUUACCAAGGACAUUGAAGAUCGAGCACAACACGAUUUACUGAUUCCUGGUCAUGUCUACAUUCAUUGUACGAACCUCACCAAACGUGAAAUCGAUCUUAUCGCAAAGUCAGGCGGAAAGAUUUCUGUGGCAACAGAAACCGAGAUGCAAAUGGGUAUGGGAGUUCCUCCUAUCAGAGCCUGUAUUGAGAGCGGCAUCAAUCCAUCCUUGAGCAUCGAUACCUCCACCGCCGUUGCACCGGACCUCUUGUCGCAGAUGCGGUUGGCCCUUCAGAUGCAGAGAUGCUUGGACAACGAUGCGAUUCACAAAACUCGUCAGGUACCUCUGGAGUGCCAAUUCGGUGUCCGUGACGCACUUAUCUGGGGGACGAGAAACGGUGCCGAGACAGUCGGAAAGAUCAAUGAAUUUGGUACUUUGACACCUGGAAAACAGGCCGACAUUGUCAUGAUCACGUCCCGAAACGCCCUCAGUGCAUCCGCUUAUCCACUGGCGACGGCCGUACUACAUUCCAGCCCCGCUGAUGUCGACACUGUCAUGAUCAAAGGAGAGAUCAAGAAGCGUGAUGGGAAAUUAACUGGGCUGGAUGUUGCAGAGAUUCGCCUCAAAGCGAAGGCCGGCUUGAAGCGUAUCAUGGACCAGCUUCCAAAUAUGAGGCCUGAAAUGACGCCAGAUGAGGUUCGCCAGUACCUUUUGAGUGCUGAGAACAUGACUCGGGCCAAUCUGGCAAAGGCGCACUUUGGAGAAAAUCUCCGAGGUGAUUGGACGAGGCAGGAUUAA